AUGCCCAUGGUUGAGCAUUGCCCGGGCAGCAAAGGACUGCCCUAUAAGCCUCGUGAUGGCAGGUUCUCUUCCUGCAACAGUCCCUCUAGCAGUGCCAAGGUCAAAGUGGAGAUAACUGGUGUCUUAGCUGAGAUGUAUGGAAUAUUGGAGUUGUCCACUCACACAGUUUUCAAUCUGCAGCAUGAAUCAAAGAAACAAGCUCUGGCCACAUGCAUCGCCCACAAAUAUGAAUCAAUGGCCAAGUUGUACAAGUAUAAGGCAGGCAGCGGCAAGGCAAGAGUCCACAAAAAAGAUAUGGAGAUCUUGAAAGGCACAGUUAUUGAGCAUGCUGGUAGUCAAAUACUCACCAUUCAUCUAGACUAG